AUGCAAGGUGAUCUUGAAACUGGGAUUCGCAUGGGAGUUGUAAAUUCAGGAACAAGUUGCUCAGAUCUCUCUCUUCAAAUAACUCCUAGACCCAUAGGUUUAGGAAGUAGCCUCAGUGGAAAAGGCUUAUUGCAGUCUCAGGAUGCUAUGAAUGGUGGUACUUCAUCCAAGGGCUUUCUUCAGACUUUAAGCUUGAUGAAGAAGUUCAUGGAAUGUGAUGGUGAAAGAAGCCCUCUCCCAAAUUCAGAGCCUGCACCAAACCUGCCUCCUCCUGUUUCCAGAUCUGUUUCAGGAAUGCUUGACUUUUUGCAUGAAUUCGUCGAAUUAUACGUCAUGUCUCGAUGGCAGAAGCCAUCACCUGUAGUUAUGGCUACUGAAUUGCUGUGUAGAUUGCUUGUUGAGAACUCCCUGUUUUGUGAUAAAAAGCACCUCCUUCUCAACUAUGAGAGGGUCAGUUCAAGCUCUGGUUUCAAGGUCUCUUUCUGUUCCUGGGCGAAAUUAUGUUAUUGUGAGAUCAUUUCUUUUGCUACCCAUGAAGAUAAUGGCCAAACUGAUACUUCUGAUGCUUUACUUCUUUGGAAAUCAGAUGAAGUAACUCCUGUUCUGUUGGAGGAGAAUGAUGAGGAGAUUCCUGAAGAGGAAGCAAUAUGCGAGAUUUGUCAUGGGGCAUGUGAUGAAGGAAAUACACCCAAGACGGAAUGCAGUUGCAAAGGUGCCCUUAGAGUUAUUUGCGAAGAAUAUGCUACACAGUCAGUUCAAGCUCCAGAAUCGAGGUUUCUCUCUAAUGAUCAUUCAGAAAUAAUCAGGACUUUGUGA